AUGAGUUUGGUAUCACAAGUAAUCGACCAACCUGACCCGCUAAGGCGAGAAAUAACAGAUCACGAACCCGGGGCAAGUGAGCCCGACCAAAACGAUGCUAUAAAGCGAGAAUUAGUUCAGCUGAAAACAGCGAGGAAAACUACCAAAUGUGCUCUCACGCGCAAAAUGAAUGAAAUUACCGAAUUAAUUAAAGAUAUUAGUAAUGUUCAACAAGUUCAGAGCGUAUACUGCGAAUUUGAAGAGGCCUCAAGAAAAUUCUUUUUGGCGCACAAAAACUACCAUUCAAAAUUAACCGACGAAGAUGAUUUAGCAGAAUGUAUAGCUUAUUACGAAGCCGAAGUACGUAGAACAUCUGCGUUUGAAGAUAAGAUUACAGCUUGGCUCCAUGACAAUGUUCAAAAAUUAAAUGACGGAAACGACCUCUUAAACGAAAUUAAACCAAGCGACUCCGUGAGCAAUGUUGGCACGGACUAUGUUUCAAAAACCUCACGCAAAUCUAAAAGUAUCCGCUCUGAAGUCAGUUUGUUAAGUUCGCGAUCCAGUAAAGGAUCAGUUGUUAGCGCAAAAGCCGCUGCUGCAGCAAGAAAAGCUGUUUUAAAAGAAGAAGCGCUAAGACUUCAUAAACGCCAAGAAAUUCAAAAACAAGAGUUCCUUCUUAAGCAACAAAAGGAAGAACUUGAGCUCGAGACUAAAAUCGCGCAAGCUGCCGCCGAAGAACGCACUUAUAGCGAGAUCGGUGCGACAGAAAAUGCUAGUAACGAACAGUGCCGAGAACAGUGCGAUGAAAGUUAUGAGUUAUCGCGCGUGAUUCCGAUCAACUCACAAUUAGUUUCAAAUUCCAUACCCCCAAGGGAGGAACAUUCUAGACAUAAUCUUGAUGUGCCAAAACAAUUAUCAAGCAAUCAACAAGUCCUAUCAACACCAAUUAAGCUUAACCCACACGCAGGUGCGUGGAGUAUGAACAAUGUUAUAAACGUACCUACAUGUCAAGUGAAUAAUGUCAAUGUCAACGAACACAUUGAAGCUGAACCUGAACUAGCAUGCACGAUGGGAAACGCUGAAAUUCAGGCAGAUGUCCCAGCAAUCAACCCCCCGGUAUACCAACAAAUAUCGAACAUGCAAAUGGCUCAAUUAUUAGCCCAGCAACAACAGCAUACAUUAGCAUUAACACUACCAACACCAACAGUGCCCACCUUUUCUGGAAACCCUAUUGAUUUCCACACUUUUAUUCAAGCCUUUGAGCAACUAAUCGAACAGAAAACAGGUAAUGACAGUGCACGAUUAUACUAUCUCAUACAAUACACCUCAGGCGACGUUCAAGAGUUAAUGCGUAGUUGUCUAUCCAUGAAUCCUCAGGAAGGAUACCAAGAAGCGCGCAGGCUUCUUAAAUCGAGAUACGGUCGAAGUUACCAGAUCGCUACCGCAUACGUUGAGCGCAUAAAUAGUUACCCGCAAAUUAAGUCUGAGGACGGUGCGAGUUUACAAAUAUUUUCAGUUUUACUUACAAGUUGUAAGAACGCUCUCAAGCAAAUUGGCUACCUAAAUAAAAUAGAAAAUCCGGAUAGCUUGCAAAGAAUCAUGGAGAAACUACCUUUUGGCCUAAGACAAAAAUGGCGUUACGUCGCUGAUGACAUCACGGAAGUUCGACAGCGCGAGAUCACGGUUGAAGAUAUCGCAGUAUUUGUAGAGAAACUGGCGAGGGCUAGCAGUCAUCCAAUUUUCGGGAAAAUUUCUAAAGAGAUGAGAUCUGAGAAACCUGCUGGCAAGAAAGAAAGAUUCCCUAACGGUUCGUCGUUCUUCACGAAUGGCAAUGACGGUCAGCGUCCACGUUUGAAAUGCCCUUCAUGUAAAGGCGAACACUGGCUAUCCCGGUGUGAGGAUUUCAAGAUAAAACCUGUCGAAGAGCGGUUCAAACUCAUUCGUUCUCUGAGGCUCUGUGAUAACUGUCUUACCUCUGGUCACGUGGCGAGAUCCUGCGAGAAGGGAAGUUUUUGCAAGAUCGAAGGAUGCAAGUUCAAGCAUUCCACGUUCCUACAUCGCAAAACUCGCAACGUUACUACUGAUGAUAAAUCCAAAUCGAAUCAACAAGAAAACGACAAAACUGCAACCGAACAAAAGCCCAAAAACGAAGAGAAAAACGUACAAAACGGCUACGUGAAUGUUGGGGAAGAGCGGCGUGCUACUCGAAGUGUGACAGGCAUGCCGGUCCUUCCAGUGAGAGUUAAAGCGAAAGAUUCAAAUCGAACAGUAGAAACGUAUGCGUUCCUUGAUGGAGGCUCCAAAACGUCGUUCGUCACGGAAUCUUUGUUGAAGAAGCUCGUUGCUAAAGGUUAUCAAACUACACUUUCCAGUCUCGAAGUAAGUGAUCUGGAUGGUCAGUAUACAGUAAAUCUCCCUUCAGUGUAUUCCGUAAUGAAGCUGCCAGUGUCAAAAGAAGAUAUUCCACGUCAAACCGACAUAGAUCGUUGGCCUUAUCUCCAAG